GAGCAUUUAGCCAUUUGUCAGCAUCCUGAUUUCAUUCAGCACAAUGAAGACAUUAGUGGGACUGUUGCUUUUGCUUCUCAGUUAUUCAGCCUCAGCAGCUCCAUCUGUCAGUGCUUCAGCUGUCAGUGCUUCAGCUGUCAGUGAUCCAGCUGUCAGUGAUCCAUCUGUCAGUGCUUCAGCUGUCAGUGCUUCAGCUGUCAGUGAUCCAGCUGUCAGUGAUCCAUCUGUCAGUGCUUCAGCUGUCAGUGCUUCAGCUGUCAGUGAUCCAUCUGUCAGUGCUUCAGCUGUCAGUGAUCCAGCUGUCAGUGAUCCAGCUGCCAGGGCUCUAACUGUCAAUGCUUCAGUACUGGAUGGAAAUACAAGUCCUCAAACACGCCGUAACCUUGUCAUCAUGGCCGCCAGUUCUCCCGUUGUGGUCGUGAUACUCUUCUAUGCAAUAGCCCGGGGAUGUGGUGCAACGAACAGCGAAAUCUUAGUAUGUCUUGCUCUAUGCUGUUAUCUCAGAGCGGUAUGAUGUCAGCUGCUUCAAAUUACUGAAUAAAAGGGUUUGGUC